UUGUCACUAGCAUGUCACAACACAACAGCUCAACCAACUGCGGUGGACUCAGCGGUGUUAUUUGUUUACUUCUUGGUUUCCUUUCCUUAUUGUGCGGUUCCUUCUUUUUUUUAUUUUUACAAUCUAAAGUCUGGAAAGCUGUUAUAUAUUGCAGUUUAUGUUAAUCAUAGAUUACUUUUACGUAAUCAAAAUACUAAUAACACACAGAUUCUGCUGUUCUCUUUUCUAACUACAUAAUGGGUUGCGACUCUAGUUUUUGUGGAGAAAUCGAUGAAAUUCCGGGAAUAUACGUAGAUAAUUUUGAGAAAUAUGAUACACAGGCAUAUUUCCUCAGUCACGCACACACGGAUCAUACUGUGGGCCUCUUAAACACAGUGAGAUAUGGUGAUAAUAAGAAUUCAGAAUUUGCAAACUUCCUCGCAAAAAAAAGAAUAUCUAUUUACAUGUCAGAUGUUACCGCCAAAAUAUUUGAACAUGAAUUUAGUGAUUUAGCCCCUUUCGUGAAGCCUUUAAAGAUGGGUGAACAUAACAUAUUGACGUUGCCCAGUACUGAGAAAUAUGAGGAAGUACAUCUUGGUGUCACCCUGAUUCCAGCAGGGCAUUGUCUGGGUUCAGCGAUGAUUUUGUUUCAAACAAACAGAAAGACUGUACUGUAUACGGGUGAUUUUAGGUAUACACAAAAUGAUGUUAAAAAAAUUCGUGACCUACACAAUUCAAAUAAUCGUAAUGAACCAAUUCAUAUAGACACGAUAUAUUUGGACACCACAUUUCUGACAAUAGACAAAGAGGACUUGCCAAGAAGGUCAGAGAGCAUAGACUAUAUGCUCAGAGAAAUAAAAUACUGGCUGGAGAGAGGUGACGAGUUCAAAGUAGCUUUGGAAACUCCUGCUAAAUAUGGAUAUGAAUGUGUGUUUAAUGAUAUUUUUGAAAAAUUGGGUAGGCAAGUCUAUGUGGUGGACGCGAAGUGGUCUUUAUACAGCAAAAUGAAAGCCCUACCAGGCGUAACGAACGACAAGAACCUCAUAGACAUUCACAACUGCGCUUUCAAUUCCUCGGAUCACAGAAAUUGUGAAAUACCGUUUCGUCAUAAAUAUAUAUUUCUAACUAUACGCCUGUCUGCUAUGAAAUGGAACGGGUACAAAAUUGAAGAUAUACCUUUGGAAAAAAUCGCAGGCAACAAAAUGAGUGUAUGCUUCAGUACUCAUUCUAGUCGAAGUGAAUUGAUAUAUUUCGUGAAUCAUUUUCAACCAAACAAAGUGAUAGGUUUUCCUAAUGAAUAUGUUCUGAGUGAGUCCACUAGGGAAUGUGUGGAUGUCGUUUUGUCUCCUGUCAAAAAAAGGAGGGUUAAAUUGUGAAUGUUAGCGGUACAAAGCGUGCAAGUUAAAUUUGACAAGAAUUUUAAAGUAAAUGGACUUUUUUUUUGUUUAUGUUUUAACUUAUGUUGUUAAACAUAUAUUUUUAUACUGACAUGAUGAUAUUAAGUUUAUAUUAUUAUGAUGAAUUGAAUUUUAAAUUAUAUUUUUAACAUGGAAUUCAAUAAAAAGCAUUGGUCUGUGAUUAACGUAUGACAUUAAUAAAUUCUUUAAGAAUUAAAAUUUAGAAAAAAAUCUUUGUUUUUAUUUAUUCCUGCGAAUGUGGUAAGAGGCGAUAAAAGGAUAAAAGUACACCAAUAAAUUAUAUCAGUUUCUUUUUCAAGCAUGAAAAGAUAAAUGAGUGUGGAGAAAGCGGGAGAGGCCUGUAAGGAUUGUAGUAAGUGGAAAUCCAGUCUCUGCCUACCCCAAUGGGAAACAGGCGUGAUGGUAUGUAUGCACUAUGUAGCCGUACUUUUACCCUUUGUCAAA